AUGUCGGUUCUUGUCAAUGGUAGUCCUACUAGGGAGUUUGGGGUUUCAAGAGAAUUAAGACAAGGAGAUCCGUUAUCACCUUCUCUUUAUGUGAUAGUGGCGGAAGGACUAACGGGGCUAGUAAGGAAAAUAAUUGAGGUAGGGGAUUUUGGGAGACUUGCCAUCAAUGGGGCUUGUUGGGUGGAUAUUCUACAAUUUGCGGAUGUCACUUUAAUUGUGGGAGAUGGUUCUUGGAAACAAAUGUGGGCGAUAAAAGCGGUUCUUAGGGCGUUUGAACUAGUAUCGGGUCUUGGCAUUAACUACAACAAAAGUAAAUUGAUUGGAAUUAACACUUCUAACAAUUUUAUGGAGGCCGCUUCUUAUUUUCUUUCUUGUAAGGUGGAACAGAGCAACUUUUAUUUUCUUGGCAUUCCCGUAGGAUGCAAUCCAAGGAAGGAAUCGACAUGGAAUCCUAUUUUGUUAAAGAAGAAUCGUUUAGAGGGGUGGACUAAUCGGUUUCUUAACUUGGGAGGAAGAAUCACCCUUUUGAAGUCUAUUUUGAGCUCUUUAGCAAUAUUCACUAUGUCUUUUUAUAAAAUGCCGGUGAAAGUGGUGAAAAAGUUUACGAGGAUCCAAAAUAACUUUUUGUGGGGGGGGGGGGGGAUUGGAGGAAAGAAGGAAGAUUCAUUGGCUAGAUAUGGAGAUUUAUCGUCUCAAGUUUUUAGUGGUGGUGAUGGAAAACUUUCUUCUACUUAUUCUUUUUGGUGGAGAGAUAUUUUAAAAAUAGGCAAAGAUUCUUUUCGUGAUCCUAUUGUCGCUUGUUGUAAUUAUGUUGUGCAUAAUGGUUUUAAUACCCCUUUUUGGGAAUCAAGAUGGAUUGAAGGGAUUAUUUUGAAGGAGGAAUAUCCGAAUUUAUUCUUGGCGUCUUGCUUGAAGAGGGUGUCGGUAGCGGCAAUGGGGAGUUGGAAAAAAGGUGUUUGGCAAUGGGGAGAUUUUGGCAUUAAUCCGGUGAUUUUGGAAAAUACCGAAUUUUUACAUAAUUUUAUUUCUCUCCGGGAACGGUUGGAAGGUUUUAGUAUGAAUGAGGAAGGCAAAGACAAUGUAGAAUGA